CAAAUUUUCAAGGAUGAUAAGGAGAAGAUAAGAAGAUGGAAGGAUGCGCUGAAAAAGGCGGGCUAUCUCAAAGGGCAUCAUUUGCAGAAUGACUAUCACGGGUAUGUAGGAAAAUGUGUCCAAGAAGUUACUGCCGACAUACUUGUUUGAUUGAAUCAAUCCAAUGAACCCUUGCUAGACCAUGAAAAGAACUUAGUGGGGGUGGAAUCUAGAGUUGACACUAUAGGUCACUUGUUGAGAUUGGAAACUAAUGAUGUUCGAUUCAUUGGCAUUUAUGGUAUGGGAGGUAUUGGUAAGACAACAAUUGCCAUGGCUGUUUUUAGCAAGUUUUCGAGCCAGUUUGUUGGAGCUUGCUUUCUUGAGAAUAUCAGUUUACAGAAAGGUAAUAUCAUUGAAUUGCAAAAGACCCUUUUACAAAAAAUCCUAAAGGAAAGAUCACCUGUAGAUAUAAGCAAUGUGGAUGAUGGAAUAAAGAUGAUCAAGAAUAGGCUGUCAGGUAAAAAGGUUUUGAUUGUUUUGGAUGAUGUAGACAAUCCGCUGGAGCAAUCAGAGAAAUUAGCUGGAGGGCAUGAUUGGUUUGGUGAGGGUAGUAGAGUGAUAAUAACUACAAGAAAUAGGGGAGUAUUUCGUUCCCAUAGAGUUGAUGAGAAGUAUAUAUAUGAAGUAGAUUCAUUGGUAGACCAGGAAGCUAUUCAACUUUUCAGUUGGUAUGCGUUCGGGAAAAAAAUUCCUGAUACUGGUUAUGAACAACUCUCACUAUCAAUUGUGAGUUAUGCUAUGGGUCUUCCGUUAGCUCUUAAAGUUUUGGGGUCUUCUCUUUGUGGACUAAAGGAUGCUGAUUGGAAAAUCACUUUAAAGCAACUCAAGGGCACCCUCCCAAAUGAUAUUUAUGCAAAGCUUAAGAUAAGUUAUGAUAGACUAGAUUCCAAAAACAAAGAAAUGUUUUUGCAUAUUGCAUGUUUUUUCAGAAACCGGAGGGAAGAAGAUGUAAAAGAUGCGCUUGAAUGUGAUGUACGUUUGCUCAUUGAAAGAUGUCUUGUAUCAGUCAAAAAUGGAAAAUUUGAGAUGCAUGAUCUAAUCCAAGAAAUGGGUUGGCAUAUUGCAAGACAGGAGAAGCGUAGGAGAAGGGUAUGGCAGCUUGAGGAUGUUAAGGAUGUGCUAAGGGGAAAUUUGAAGUCUAAACACAUUGAAGGAAUUUUAUUCCCCUCCACAGAUGAAUGGAACAAUGAUGAGAAUAUUAGAUGUGCCAUUGAAGCUUUCAAACAUAUGAAAAAAUUGAAGAUACUCAUAGUUGAUGGUGAUGUCAAAAUUUUCCAUGACAUGGAUAAUUAUCUUUGUAGCAGUGAAUUGAGGUGGCUUGAUUUCAAGAAUUAUGGUUUCACUUCAUUACAGAUAACUAAGAACUUUGACAAACUGGCCUAUUUAGGUCUUAGGCAAUCCUACUCUUUGUUAGAAAGCCCGAAUUUUGCUAGGAUGCCAAAUUUGAAGAGAUUAAACCUUUCAUAUUGUCCUAAAUUAAAAGGCAUUCACUCAUCAGUUGGAAAUCUUAGGAGGCUUGUUUCAUUGGAUUUAAGUGGAUGCUUUGAUCUUGAGAAGCUUCCCAGCUUCAAUCAAGUUUCAUCUCUCAAGUUCCUUGGUCUUCGGUAUUGCCAAAAUUUAAAAAAAUUUCCCGAAAUCAAAACAAGCAUGCUAGAUUUAGUGGAGUUGGAUUUAGAAGAAGUUUGGAUUAAAGAACUCCCCUCAUCGAUUCAACAACUACAUGGCCUCACUAAGCUAUGUUUGAUUAGAUGUCAAAAUCUGGUAUGCAUUUCUAAUGGCUUAUGUAAGCUGGAAAAUCUUAAAGUUCUCAAGAUUACAUGCUGCAGGAAAAUAGUGUCAUUGCCACUCAAUGGCUUGACUUCAUUGAAAUAUUUGAAUCUUCAAGGAAGUGGUUUUGUCAGUUUACCUAGAAGCUUCAGUAAACUCUGUAAUCUUCAAUACCUUGACAUCACAAGUUGUCGAAACCUUGAAAAGCUACCAAAACUCCCUGCAAGUAUGAAAGAACUUUAUGUAGAUUGUCAUUUUGGCUUUGGAAGCAACAUAUUUGAGCUAGCAAUCAAGUGUUCGGAAUUAUAUUCCAUCUCAUUCUGUUGUGAGGAUCAAUUUGAAGUUGGAACUUCUUUAGCUAUGAAGUUCAUUCCUUUUCCACUUUAUAGAAAGAAUCCUUUCAGCUUUAGCUAUCCUAUACCUAAGGCCGAUAUCUUGAGAUCAUUCAAAUAUCGACGUUAUGGGGCACAUAAUGGAAUCUCCAUUAAUCUUAGUAACUCUUGGUAUAGUAAAAACUUUUGGGGAUUUGCUAUAUGUUUUCGCCCUUUAACUGGAGAUAUGUGGAGGCCACACCCUUACCAAGACAUUGAUGGUCAUAUGGAGCAUUGUGUGAUCAUAGCUAAACUAUCACACAAAGAUAAUAAAAUUAAAGUUCUCCAAAGAGAAUGUGUGAUUGUUGGAUCAAAAGAAUUAGGGUUCUACAUUGAUGGACACAUGUGCUUUGUCAACAUACCAUUUACUAGUUUGUGGGAUGGAUCUAAAACCACAAUGGAUGGUGUAACCCCGAAUGAUUAUUCAAGAUUUGAGGUGGCAUCUGUGAAUCUGGAAGCUUCAGCAUAUUAUUGGGGUUGUAGCUUGUUAUACCAUGAAAGGAAGAAAAAUAAGAUAAAGAAAUGCAUCACAAUCUCGAGGGUCUCUUGUGAAGCCCUGGAAAAUGAGGUAAAUCAUGAGAUAUGCAUCAAUGGUCUACAAGUCCCCAAAAAUGUUUGUACAUUGUUGCCUGCAAUGGGAUCAAUUACUUGCAUUGGGUCAAAUACAUGUAUUACCCUGGUACAAAUUGAGGACUAUACCAAUUUCAUGUGGACAAAUCUAGCAAGUUGGGAUGGCAAUCUUCCAGGAAGACUCACAACUAAAAUUGGGCAUUUAACUGAAUGCAUCAGCAGACUCCAUCACUAUCAUUACCUUGACUGCACCAACGAUUUCAGAAGAUGUGAAAGGAAACAUCAACUCCCAGCUAAUAUAAGGGAGCUAUAUGCAUGCCAUACUAUGGCCUCUGAGAGCAACAUAGCUGAGCUAGCAACCAAGUAUUUAGAAUUACAUUCUGUCUCAUUCUCUCAUGGAGUUGUAACUCUUUCUGCCUCAGUGUUAGCUGAGGAGUUUAGUCAUAUUACUGACCUUCUAAAUAGAAACACUCCUUUCGCUGUCACCUACACAACUACUGAUGAGCAGGCCGAUAUUAAUAUGAGAUGGUUCAAAUAUUCAUCUCAUGCUUCAAAUAAGAUUUCCAUUGAUCUCAAUCCCACUUGGUAUAAUCAGAGCUUCAUGGGAUUUGUUGUAUGUUUCCUAUUUUCAGGAAGAGAGAUAUGGGAAUCAGAUCUAGACAUUCAUCCUUUCAGGCAUUGUGAGAUCAUAGCCAAAUUGGCACAUGGAAAUAAAGUUGUUCAAAAAAAAAUUAUGAUUGGCAGACUAUAUAAUGAAGAAUUUGAUUUCACCUUUGGUGAUCGGCGCCUCAUAUGCUUUGCCUACAUACCAUUUAGUAGUCUGUGGAAUGAAUCUAAUAGUAUCAUGGAUAAUGUUGCCCCUAAUCAUUAUUCCAUAUUUGAGGUGACAUUUCUAGAUUUGGAAGUUUCAACAGAUUGGAGUUGUGAUUUGUUAUAUACAACUGAAGCAAAAAGGCUAAAAUGGGAGCAAGAACAAACCGAUUCUGGUUGUAGUGAUUCAGGCCUAGACAGAACCAAACUUUGGCAGUUGACUAAAACUGUACAUCUAGCUCAAAGCAAAAUGGUUUCCAAGCCGGAGUGCUCUAAUACAAAGGUUGUCCAACUUUUUUAUACAAAUUCUGGCGUUGGCAUCUUGGCACUUAGUUCAAAUGGUAUUCUAAAAUUAUGGAAAUGUUCCCACGACGAACAAAAUCCAAGCGGAGAGCCUUGGAAACCAAACGGUGGUCCUUCUAUGAAAGCAAUUCCUUGCAUGGCCCUUUCCAAGGAUGAUUCUUAUGUUGUGUCAGCUGGUGGUGAAAAGGUUUCAUUGUUUGAUAUCAUGGAGUUUAAGGUAAAAAAAAGAUUCAUGUGGCUGCCAUCUGCAUCAACAUUCUUAGCUUUCCAUCCUCAUGAUAACAACACUAUUGCAAUUGGUACGAAGGAUUCAACCAUAUAUAUAUAUGAUGUUAGGCUUGAUAAGGUUAGGUUCAUGCUUCAUGGCCAUGUGAAACGUAUCACUGGUCUAGCAUUCUCUACCAACUAUAACAUCCUGGUUUCAUCGGGUGCCGAUGCCCGGCUUUGUGUGUGGAGCACUGAUACAUGGCAAGAGAGAAAAUCAGUUUGCAUCUACUUGUUUGGCAGUGGCAUACAGGUGAUGUUCCAUGCUGACCAACUCCACUUACUUGUUACACAUGAAACUCAAUUAGCAAUAUAUGAUGCAUCCGAGAUGAAAUGCAUACGAAAGUGGAUCCCAUGUGGUUCCCUUUCUGCACCAAUCUCUUCUGCUACAUACUCCUGCAAUAGCCAAUUAGUUUAUGCAUCCUUUAAAGAUGGGAAUAUUGGAGUUCUUGAUGCCGAUAGCCUAAGAUUGAGAUGUCGUAUUGCUCCAUCUGCUUAUCUAUCUCAGGCCGUAUUGAAUGAUAGUGGGGCUGUGUUUCAAGUUGUGAUUGCAGCUCAUCCACAAGAACCCAUCCAAUUUGCAAUUGGAUUGACAGAUGGAUCUGUUAUAGUCAUAGAACUACUGAAAUCCAAAGUGAAGUGGAAAGUAUCUUUGGCGGUUGAUAAUCACAUUUUAAAUGAGAAAAAUAAUGCAUGUGGAGUAGAGGAUAGACAUGGGUUCGGCGAAGUUAUAUUUGGUGAUGACGAUGAAGUGUCAAGUUAUGAAGAAUUGCAAAUGAAGAAUUGCGAAGUUAGAGAAAGGUUGCAAGAAUAUUCAGUUGAUUAUGUGGUAGGUUUUGAUGGUGAGGCUAAAGCUAUAAAGGAUCGUCUCACUAAAGGAUCAGAAGAUACGACUUUCAUUUCAAUUGUGGGAAUGGCUGGGUUGGGCAAAACCACAUUGACUAAAAUGAUAUUCUAUGAUACUGAUAUUCAUUAUGAGUUUUUUACUAAGCUUUGGGUUCACGUAUCUAGAAGCAUGAAUAGGAAACAGAUAUUCAUGGACAUUAUAAGUAGGUUUACCAAGCAAACUGAUGAUUUCAAGAAUGUAUCGGAGGAACUAUUAGCUAAAAGGAUCAAGAAAUAUUUGAAAAGCGGGAAGUAUUUCAUUGUGAUGGAUGAUGUUUGGCACAAGAAAGACUGGGACCUUUUGAAAAUUGCUUUUCCUGAUAACUAUAAUGGGAGUAGAGUAUUGGUAACAACACGUGAUACUGGGGUGGCUACACAUGCAGAUUCUUAUGCCAAGCCACAUAACUUAAAAUUUUUGAAGAAUGAGGAAAGUUUGGAGUUAUUACAAAAGAAAGUUUUCCGCAAUGAAGCUUUUCCUGAGUAUCUUGAAUCCCCGGGGAGAAAAAUUGCAGCGAAAUGCAAUGGGUUACCGCUAGCAAUAGUGAUUAUUGCUAGUUUCCUCCGUAAUAACGACCAAGUCUCAUCGUGGAAUGAACUGGCCGAAAAUCGUAUUCCAAUACUCAGUCCAGGCUACAAUGGUAUACUAAGAUUGAGUUACAAUCAGUUGCCUAACCACAUAAAAGAUUGUUUCUUGUAUCUUGCAGUAUUCCCAAUGGGGCAUGAGAUUUCUGUUUGGAAACUGAUUCGGUUGUGGAUUGCAGAAGGAUUUAUUCCUCCAGUAUCUGAUUCCACCAUGGAGCGCACAGCUGACUCAUACUUGAAGGAAAUUGUGAGCAGGAAUCUGUUGAUGGUGGUGAAAAGAAGAGCCGAUGGUGAUAUCAAAACAUGCCGCCUUCAUGACACAUUGCACGAGUUUUGUAAGGAUGAAGCUGUAAAGAAUUAUCUCUUCCAUGAGAUAAAUGGGGCAAGAAUAGAAAGACAUGAUAAAUAUCGUCGUUUGUGCAUCCGUUCCUCCAUUAAAGACUUUAUAGGUUCGAAGGACAAGCCAUCAGGUGAGCACAUCUGCUCUCUUCUAACAUCUGACCAUUUAGAUGUUCCAAAAGAGCACUUGGCAACUAUCCCAAAGGCCUACCCCUUUCUCAAAGUCUUUGAUGGGGAAAACCUCUACUUCGAAAAUUUGCCAAAAGAGUUCUAUCAGCUAUAUCUUCUGCGCUACUUGGCCAUCUCAACCGACCUCAAUAUCCUUCCAAAGCCAUUCACAGACCAAUGGAACAUGCAGACUCUUGUGUUCAAUACCUCCCAAAGUAGUGUUGAUGUUAAGGCUGAGAUAUGGAAUUUGACAAAACUAAGGCAUAUCAUAGCCAAUGCUCCGCUGCAAUUUCCUACUCCCAAAAAUUGCAAAGACAAGUGUGAAAACUUGCAAACUCUUUCCCCCAUAUCACCUGAGAGCUGCACUAAAGCCAUCUUAGAGAAGAUGCCCAACCUUUUGAAAUUGGGGGUUCGUGGGAAUUUAGUAGAGCUUCUCGAGAGCGAGGGAGGAGGAGUUUACUUAUUUGACAAUGUUCGAAAGCUGCAUAACCUGCAAAAUCUGAAACUUGUGCACGAACCUGCCAAUGACCAAAGUAGCACAAUAAGGAACUUUCCUCAGGAUGACAAAUUUCCGUCAAAACUAAGGCAGCUCACUCUAUCCAACACCUCCAUAGAUUGGAAACACAUUUGUGUAUUGGGAUCCCUUAACGAGCUGGAGGUCCUCAAGUUAAAGAAUCAGCUGGGGGAGUAUUGGGACGUAAAUAACACUGUUUUUAAGAGUCUCCGAAUCUUGCACAUUGGGAGAACGAACUUGGUGCGCUGGACUUGUGAGAAGAGUAGUUUUCCUGUACUCAACAAGCUUUACCUCUCACAUUGCACAUCCCUUGAGGCAGUCCCACUCGCCUUCAAGGAUGUUAAAAGCCUUAAAUUUAUGGAGUUGUUUUGUACCAACAAAAACGUUGCUGCUUCUGCAAUAACAAUCCGAGAACAAAAGCAAAAGGAUGGGUUUGAUCUCUCCAUUUAUCCUCCUGAUCACUAAAUUAACAACUCUAUUGAUGCAUUUGCAUAUUUCUUCCAAUAAAAAGGGCUAACAAAUAACAUUUUCAGAUGUAUGUUUGCUCUGAUCCAAGGCUUCUUGUCAUGGUUGUUGUGGCGCUUUCUUUGUUGGUAUUUUCCUUAGGGGCAUGUAUCUAUAUAUAUUAUCAUAUGAUUUCAUAUGUAGAGCUUGGAUCCAGUUGGGUGGUGUGCUUAAUUCUGAGUUUUUGUGUGAAAUGUUUUUCAUCAUUAAACAUUUGUAUAACUAUUUGAACUAUUCUAGUCAGUUUUUAAUUUGCUCUUCUCUGAUUUUCA